GCCAAGUAAAUUCCGACGUCACUACAUCGUACGGUCGUCUAUGACAAGACGCUUCGACAUUUGUCAGCUGUUUUGGUGAUUUAAAAGAAGUGGUUUUUGUUUAAGCAUCGGAAAAUUGCACAAAAAAGCAACCAAAACACAAAUUGCGUAUGAAAAUAAACAAACGUAAUUAAAUUUUAUAUCACAAGGCAAACUAUAAGCAUAUUAAAUUAAUCAGCCAUUGGAUGCACUUAAUGCGGUAGAGCGUUUUGUGUGGAAAACGCAAAUAGCAGUUAAACGAAAUCAUGAGCUACGAGGACGAUGAAUAUCAUGUGGACACGUUUCCAAAAGACUUUGGCUACGGUUCAUUCGAUCAAGAUGGUUUGGAUGCACCAGGUAUGGGCGGUGGCGAGUCUAAACCACGUAUUCUGUUAAUGGGUUUGCGACGUUCGGGCAAAAGUUCCAUACAAAAAGUGGUCUUCCACAAAAUGUCACCGAAUGAAACACUCUUCCUAGAGUCAACAAGCAAAAUUGUUAAGGAUGACAUUAACAAUUCCAGCUUCGUACAGUUUCAGAUUUGGGACUUUCCCGGACAAAUAGAUUUCAUUGAUCCCACAUUCGAUUCAGAUAUGAUAUUCGGUGGUUGUGGCGCACUGGUAUUCGUCAUCGAUGCGAAGGAUGAUUACAAUGAGGCAUUGACCAAAUUUAAGAAUACCGUUAUAAAAGCAUAUAAAGUAAAUCCACGCAUAAAGUUCGAAGUCUUCAUACACAAGGUUGAUGGUAUCAGUGAUGAUUCAAAAAUGGAAUCACAACGCGACAUACAUCAGCGCGCCUCAGACGAUCUAAGCGAUGCCGGUCUUAACCAGAUACAUUUGAGUUUUCAUUUAACUUCCAUAUACGAUCACUCGAUAUUCGAAGCUUUCUCCAAAGUAGUGCAGAAAUUAAUACCACAAUUGCCAACAUUGGAGAAUCUGCUCAAUAUUUUUAUAUCGCAUUCGGGUAUCGAGAAAGCGUUCCUUUUCGAUGUGGUUUCCAAGAUCUACAUCGCCACCGAUUGUUCGCCUGUGGAUAUGCAGAGCUAUGAACUUUGCUGUGACAUGAUCGAUGUGGUCAUCGAUCUCUCGAGCAUUUAUAGCUCUGAGGAAACGGCCUUCGAUAACGAAAGCUCUAGUCUCAUUAAGCUGAACAACAAUACGAUUUUGUAUUUACGUGAAGUGAACAAAUUUCUAGCGCUAGUAUGCAUAUUGCGUGAGGAGAAUUUCAAUCGGCAAGGCGUCAUCGACUAUAACUUUCUAUGCUUCCGCAACGCGAUCAGUGAAGUUUUUGAGCUGCGCAUGAAAAGUCAAAAACUCGAGACAUUAGACGAACAAAUUGAACCCGAGGAUGUGGUGGACGAGGAGGAUGUGGAUGAACUUGUUGCACGCGUUAAUGAGAAUCAUUUAAACUAAUUGGAAACUAUAAUGCGAUUUUUUUAUAUAUAUUUGUAUGUGUAUUCGAGCUGAAUUAACGAACAACCAUAGUAAGCAGGGAGAAACAGUGUACAAGUUGUCUAUUUUUGUGUUAGACAAUUAAUUAUAUUCAAUGUAAACCGCUAAAUGCCACGAAAAUAUUUUAUUAACGUGCAUAUGUGUAUGGUAUGUACAACAAACGUUAUGGCGCACUUAUUAACUAUACAUUUUGUCAUAUGCUAAGUACAGCUUAAUAAUUUUGUUUUCUUUUUUAAAUCACUGUUAAUGUGCCUUUAUUCUAAUUACUAUUAUUUUAAUGCUUAACUUUAAAACCAUUAACUUCAAAACAACUUCAAAUCACCGUUACCAGUGCGAAGAAAAUACAAACAGUUGAAAUGUUCACACUUUUAUAAAUUAUUGUACAGCACAUAUAUGAAAAAUAUGGCUCUUACUUUUGUUAUACAUUGAAAAAUAAAAAGAAAAAAACUUGAAUUGCAAAAAUAC